AUGAGUGGAUCCAUAGUAAGGGUGCUCGAUUGGAAUGUUGGUCUCGAGCAACAAUUUUUAGCUGUAAACCCUAUAGGAGAUGAGGUUAUAUUGUAUGAAACUCAACAUGACGAUCCUAAUAUAGAAUCCAAUGAUUUGAUUAAACUCAAUUGCAGAGGGGGGUUUGACAAUAUCCAGUGCUCUUCCUAUUCGCCCAAUAAUAAAGGAAUCACAGGAGUUGGGGGUAUGAAUGGCACUGUUUCAAUAUUUGAUAUAAAUUCAGAUACAUCAUCCAUAUUGAAACUAAGACCGAAACAAAAUCGACCGUGCAAUUCAAUAUCUUUCAACAACAAGAACUUGGUGGCUGCUGGCUUUGAUAAAGGUAGGCAGGAUAGCUCCCUUCAAAUCUGGAAUAUUGAGCAUUACUCGAGAAAUAGUAAUAAUGACCAUAUUAAAAGACCACUUCAUUCGUAUCUUACAAAUGAAGCUGUUUUAUCGACUACAUUCUAUCCAGAAAGGGACAACAGCUUGCUAUGUGGAUCAUAUAAGUUCUUACGUGAAAUUGAUCUUAGGCUUGAAGUUCCUGUUUUUCAAAUGGCCACAAAAUAUACACUAGGAGUCACUAAUGAUCCUUUUCAAUCUCACUUAUUUUCAUCAUUUACGGAGGAUGGCUCGUUUGCGGUGUGGGAUAGGAGAAAACUAACCUCGAAUAGCUCCAAGUAUAAAUCUUUAAGCAAUUCUAACGUUAUAACAGAGACUCCUAUCCUUCAAUUUAAUAAAUUAUUAAGUGACCCUUCAUCACGCAAACAUAUAACACCGUGCAUUAGAUAUUCAACAAUAAGAAAGGGUGAAUUCUCAUCUGUGUUUAAUGGAAAUUUGAUAAGAAGAUGGAACACAGGUUCGGUUUCGGUUUCCACCCCGGCAGCAAAUGAUGCAAAGAACAAAACGACGAGGAGUUCUAAUAUAUUACAGAGCUUAAAAAAUCAGUCUUCACAAUUGUAUAAGCAGUCUGAAGAAUCUUUGUUCGUUGCUUUGGUUUUGGACGUGAAAACGGAUUACGAAAGAGUUGUAUCUUUUGAUUAUUCACCAGAUCUAUUAUCCAACUCAUCAACAAACUUCGUUUGCAUGAGACAGUCAGGAUCGGUAUUCAGAAUGCCGGUUGUAGAAUCCAUCGAGUCCCUUGAUUUUAAUUCGUACAAUGAAUUUACCUUUGCUGGUCCAGAAGGCACAAUGACUCAAUUCACAAAUCAGGACGACUUUUCGAAUGACGAUCUAUCAGUAAGAGGGAAUGGUAUUUCUAAGGAUACUAUAGCUACACUGAAUGACACUCAGAUUUCAGAAGAGAUAGCUACCACAAUUGAUGACGAUGAAAGUUCGACUGCAGUGUACCACAAUGCUGCUGAUAGCAUAAAAUACAACGAAGAUGAUGAUUUCAUCCCCUUGGAUAACUUUCUUGAUCUCGGAGAUAUAAUCAAUAAUGACAUCGGUUCUGUAAUCAGAAGAAGGGCUGAGUUAGGCUAUUCUGUAGAUUGUGAAAAAAACAUAGCCCUUCUAGACACGAUGAGUGGAAUUGAGAAUCAACAAGGUUUAAUCAAUACAUGGAAAUGGAUAUUGCUAGCUAAAAAAUCGCUUGAGAAGGGGACCAUGAUAACUCAGUCUAUAGACUUAGGAUACCAAGGGGUCCUUGGUAUAUGGAAAGGAUUGGAAGAAAUUGGGAAUCAAAAUCGAAUAACAAAAGAAACUUCAAUCACGGACAGUGUCUUUUCACAAGCAGUAAAAUCCAUUGUCUCAUCGAAAGGAAAAAGAACUAAUGGAAUUACCAUUUCCAGCAAUAGCGAUAGAAAAGCACAGAGAAAACUUGCUUUGAUCGUGUCUGGUUGGCUCUUCAACGACGAUGAAUUCGAAAGCAAGCUAAAAAUAUUAAUCUCUAUGGGGUACUAUGAGAAGGCAGCUGGAUGGGCUGUAUUUUAUGGAGAUGUCCCUAAGGCAAUUGAUAUACUUGCAAAUUCCAACAAGGAACGGUUGAGAUUAAUAUCGACCGCUGUUGCUGGUUAUUUAGCUUAUAAUAAUACAACUGCCAACAGUCCUUGGAAAGACCAAUGCCGGAGGAUGGCUAGCGAGCUUUCUGAUCCAUAUCUCAGAGCUAUAUUUGCCUUCAUAGCCGAUAACGACUGGUGGGACGUUCUUGAUGAACAUUCACUUCCGCUCAAGGAACGUCUAGGAGUAGCUCUUCGGUUUUUAUCUGAUAAGGAUCUAACUAUUUAUCUCAAUAGACUAGUUGAUACUGUUGUUCAUAACGGUGAGCUCGAUGGCUUGAUUUUAACAGGUUUGACACCAAGAGGGAUGGAUCUCUUACAAUGCUACGUUGAUAGAACAAGUGACGUCCAGACGGCAUCAUUAAUAGGUGCUUUUGGUUGCCCGAGGUAUUUUCAUGAUCAAAGGGUGAAUCAUUGGGUUGAUUGUUACAGAAGACUAUUGAAUAGCUGGGGAAUGUUUAGCGUAAGAGCUAAAUUCGAUGUGGCUCGAGUAAAAUUAUCAAAAAACGGCUCAGGUCAUUUGACAUUAAAAGCGAUCCCCAAACAAGUCUACUUGCAGUGCAUUAGAUGUAAUAAAAACCUAUCAAAGCCUAAAUCCGCUUCAAACCCAAAAGGUAAUUCUACUAAUCCAACAAUAAUGAUGAAGCAAUUCAACAAACUAACCACGAACAGUAGAGAUCUGGAUAUUAAAGCAUGCCCCCAUUGUGGUGCUGCGUUCCCCAGGUGCUCCAUUUGCCUUUUGAGCAUGGGAACUCCAGUCCCAAAUGAUUCCUCGAGUAAUUUGCAAGAGUUAGACUUGAGUGAUCGGAUAGAAAACAGUUUCAGAGAAUGGUUUAGUUUCUGCCUUAGUUGUAACCACGGCUCGCAUGCAAUCCACGCUGAAGAAUGGUUCUCUAAGCACUAUGUGUGCCCGGUCCCAGAUUGUAACUGCCGUUGUAACAGUCGAUAA